GCGGCGGCGGGGCCGGGCGCGCUGCAGGGGCAGCCCGGCCGCCGCGGGGCCGCCAUGCCCACCAAAUCCAAGUACAACCUGGUGGACGACCGGCACGACCUCCGCAUCCCCCUGCACAACGAGGACGCCUUCCAGCACGGCAUCUGCUUCGAGGCCAAGUACAUCGGGAGCCUGGAUGUGCCACGGCCAAACAGCCGGGUGGAGAUUGUGACAGCCAUGCGGAGGAUCAGGUAUGAGUUUAAAGCCAAGAACAUCAAGAAGAAAAAAGUCAGUCUCAUUGUGUCAGUGGAUGGUGUGAAGGUCAUUCUGAAGAAGAAGAAGAAGUUUCUUUUGUUGCAGAAAAAAGAAUGGGCCUGGGAUGAGAACAAAAUGCUCAUCAUGCACGAUCCCAUUUACAGAAUAUUCUACGUGUCGCACGAUUCCCAGGACCUAAAGAUCUUCAGCUAUAUUGCCAGGGAUGGGUCUAGCAACAUCUUCAGGUGCAACGUCUUCAAAUCCAAGAAGAAGAGCCAAGCCAUGCGCAUCGUCCGGACGGUGGGGCAGGCGUUCGAGGUCUGUCACAAGCUGAGCCUGCAGCACACCCAGCAGAACGCGGACGGGCAGGAGGACGGGGACAGCGAGAGGAAUGGGGACGACCUGGAUGUCCCAGCCUGUCGCCUCGCCGGUGCGGAGAGGGCGGCCGCCUCGGCCGAGGAGACGGACAUCGAUGCGGUGGAGCUGCCGCUGCCCGGAGCCGACAUCCUGGACUUCAGCCGCGGCGUCACCGACCUGGACGCCGUGGACAAGCAGGAAAGUGCUUAUGCUGAUGCCAAGGGCUGCCUCCACCCUGAAGACAUCUUGACAGCUUCGCCCAAGAUGCUGCUGCCCUCGUCCACCCAGCUGCCAAACCUGGGAACACCCCUUUCUGCCCACCACCAAAUGCAGCUUCUCCAGCAGCUCCUGCAGCAGCAGCAGCAGCAGACACAAGUGGCUGUGGCCCAGGUCCACUUGCUGAAGGACCAGCUGGCCGCGGAGGCAGCAGCACGGCUGGAGGCCCAAGCUCGUGUGCACCAGCUGCUGCUCCAGAACAAAGACUUGCUACAGCACAUCUCGCUCCUGGUCAAACAGGUGCAAGAGCUGGAGCUGAAGUUGGCAGGGAACACCAACACAGGCUCCCAGGACAGUCUGCUGGAGAUCACCUACCGCUCCAACAUCCUCCCCGUCCUCUGCGACCCGACCACUCCGCAGCCCGAGGACACCCACCCGCCACCGCUGGGCCCCAGCUCGGGCUUUCCCAGCACCCUGGGCAGCCCCAUAGGUAGGAACGACUGUCUGGUGAAGCUGGAGUGCUACCGCUUUCUGCCAGACUCAGGGCCGCCUGCCCCGGAGCCGGCGCUGGGCAGCCUGGAGCUCAUCAAGUUCCGCGAGUCGGGCAUCGCCUCUGAGUACGAGUCCAACACGGACGAGAGCGAGGAGCGUGACUCCUGGUCCCAGGAGGAACCACCACGCCUGCUCCACGUCCAGUCCAGGCAGGACCUGGGUGACAGCCUGGAGGAUGAGAUCGCGGUGUAGGGGUGGGCAGGAGGUGGUGCAGAGCAGCCAGGACCUGCUGGAGCUGGGGCAGGCCCUGGCCAGAGCCCCCUGGCCCUGGCAGGGAUGGGACAACCCAGAGGGACAGGGGGUGGAAGGGGGGGCACAAGGCUUCCAGCACAUGGUCAGGAGGUGUGCAGAGGUGAGGACAACGCCAUGCCAAGAGGAUGUGCUGGGCAUGCCCUGCUCCAGCAUGCAUGGGCUUGUGUGCUGAGCUGGAGUGUCCCCACUUCACGUUGGGUGGUGAGCUGGCAGCUGCUUGUGUGAGACACUGUCCCCCUGCGAGCUGCUCUUGGAGGUCAGGCACAGGCAAGGGACUCCCUGCCACAUCAGCCACUGCUGCUGGUGCUGCUGGAGCCGUCCAGCAGGUGGAGGUUUCUGCUGGGGGAAUGAGAGAGCAGGGACAGGGCAGUGAGUGAGGAGGAGAGCGACUGUGGAGCCAGCAUGGGGUGAUGGGCAGCAACAGAGCUGCUGGCCGGGGUCUGGCUCCCUGCGUGGUGGAGGGGGUGGGAGGUGAGGCCAGGGCCAUGCUAGUGGGGUGGUUGGGCAUGGGUGUGCCAGUGAGGCAGUGGGGAUGAGCCUGGGAAGGAGCUGAAGGGGUGAGGCGAGGUCACGCAGGGUGGCUGGGUGCAGGCAGCUCCUGGCAGAGGGCUGGUGUGUGGGGCACUUGCAGGGCAGGGUUUGUCCCUGCCUGAGGCAGGUGGAGGGUGUGCAGGCACUGCACACUCCUCUCCCAGGCUUUGGAGCAGAGAGGAGGGUACGGCUCGACAAGGAGCAGGGAGCCAGGGCAUGCAGCAUGGGGCUGUGGGAUGUCCUUCCCUCAUUGCCCAGUGCUUGGGCUCCUCUGCAGGUUUCAAAGUCUUUCUGGUGCUCUUAAGUCAUGUUCUGAAUCACUUUCCUGCACCCACCAGCAGCACAAACUCCCUGCAUUGCUUUAUAGACCAACUGUCCUGUUUCCAAGCAGUUGCUUGUCCCCAGACCAGGGCAGGGGGAUGCAGUGCUGGCAUCAGCCAUGUGCAGGGAUGGUCAUGCUUGCCACCCCUGGAUGGGGAGUGAACUGCUGAUGUCUACAGGUGGGCUCCUUCACAUCUGUUUUGCAACCAGCAGAAAAGUGAAUUUACAAUGUCAGGAUCCCCCACUGGACCCUGACUUGCCUGUGGCUAAUGCAUCCGUGGGAUCCAGAACUUGUCUGUUUUGUACAAGCACAUGUGUCAGCUGCCUGUUGCAGCCUCUAAGAGGCUACAGCUGAAAGGGUGUGUGCCAGAGUCCUGAAGUCUGCCCUGCUCCUUGUGGAAACACUUGAGGUGAGGACUGACACAGUUGUCUUCCUCCCCAUCCACCCUCCUAUCCUGCUUCUGCUUUGUUUUGUUGCUUCCCUCUGCUUUUGCUUUCACCAGCUCUGUCUCUGCUAGAUCUGCCUGCAACUAACACCAAGCUGAGCAUCUCCCAGGCACAAGCUGUUGCUGUCCUCCAGGACUUAGCCCUGCUGCUGAGGAAGGUCCAUCACUUCUUUCUGCCCCAGUCUCCUUGGGAUUGAGGGCUGCUGAGGAGUGAGGUGUGGGUGAGAGCCCCAGUGCCAGUAUGAGCUGUGCUAUUCACCCUCCGCCCUGGGAGAAGGCUGGGUGCUGUGAGGACCUAGACUGUCCUAGUGGAAAGCAAAGCCAUGUUUCAGUGUCCAUAGUAGUAUCCAGGUGUCCAGGGAAGCCCCUGAAUGAGGCACAGAGAGGGCAGAGAGCAAGCGCUGGUUGGUACCUGGGUGCUCCUGUCCUCUGGCCACCAAUACUUCUGUAUGCCCUUUCCUGCACAGCUACGUGCCAUACCCUCUGCUGGGGACCUCAACAUCCCACUGCCAGCUUGCAGUGGUUGGAGGUGGAAGCAUGGGGUGAGAGGCUGGUUCCACCAGGAGGGUGAGGUGGGGAUGGCAGCAUGCACAGGAUGUGAUGCAGGCAGGGUAGGGAUGUGUGGGUGAGCUCGGAGAGGGAUUUCCAUGUGGGCUGAGCCAUCUCCCCAGGCACCCUCCUGCCCAUCCCUGCUGCACACACACAGCCCAGGCAGUGCCCUGUGAGGAGCUGUCAGGACCAGCUGUGUGCUCAGGCCUCUGCCUGGCACUCUACCCACAGUGGAUGGUGGCAGGUGCCCCACGGGCUGAGGGGACACUGCCAGAGCCGGGUGGGACCCUGCCAGUGUCCUGCUGCACUGCAGGUGUACAUGUGUAAAUGAUCCUCCUCCUAACUCAGCGCUGCCUCCAAGAUGCCUCUCUAGCCUCUCACUUUUGUUAUGGACCUUGACUGGAGAUUUAUAGCUAUAUUUUUUGUCCUUUCUUUUCCUAAAACUGUCAUGUUACUAACUGUUGACUCGAUCUAUCUGGGAAACCAGUCUGUCAAUGUAAGUGCACUUAACCCUUGGGUGUUGUCAUUAGUUGACUGGCUUUUGCUAAAUAAAUCUUUCUAUUUCUCAA